GAAAGCACAAUUAUAAGUGGCAAUUCGUACGAACCGCCAGAUCAUCGGACCGAGUGAGAAGCUGGCCGAUGUAAGUUGUAAACCUAAAUUAUUUGUGUAGAUAAUGAUUUCACAUGACGGAUUCCAGUUGUGUUUAAAUUUUUUGAAAGGGAAACGAUUGUAUCUGUGUAUACAUGUAUGUCACUUUCUGUUUGAUCAACUGCCAGGCCUGUUAACGAUGCACAUGUCUACACAGGGAAGUGUAUAUUUACAGUAGAGAAUGACUCAAUAGUCUCUCUCCGUGUGAUAAUCAAAUAUGGUGGGAUAUUUCCAUGCCGGCCGUGUGUGUUCAGUUUCAACGUUUUAUUUGCUUAUAUUUCUUUUUUAUUAGCAUAGCGAUGGGAUGUAAACAGAAAUAGUCUUAACAUUUGAAAGUUGAGAGUGUAUGGAAUAGAAAUUCAUAACAACUUAUACGAUAUCAUGUUACCGUAUACCGUUCUGUGAGUAAUGUAUAAAGGGAAGUAUAUAAGAUAUUAGACCAUUUUAAAAGUUAAGCCAGAAGUGAUAUUGAUAUAGAGAUGCAUAAGAGAGGAAUUCCUCAUACAUGAUGUAUGUACAUGUUCAUAUAUAGUUUGUGCCAUGUUCUCUAAGUGUUGUGCAUGUUCAAUAGUACUUAACACAAUACCGCGAGAGGAACCACUCAAAAACAACGGCACUGAGCAACUCAUAGGCAGUACAACACUAGUAUCAAAUCAAAUUUGGCGGAUAUAGAUUUUGAUAUGUACCAGUGUAAGAGAUGAUGGUCGGCAGUGUAAAACCAGGGUGUGUUGUGAAGCCUGGCUAGGGUACUAGUGUGACGACAAUAAACAAAGGACACCGCCACUAGCAGGUGGCCCGGUGCAAGGGCUGGCAAACAGAAACUAUCCCCUAGGAAUAGGUUCUCCCGCGCUACAAUCAGAGAAGGCGUCACAGUAAGGUCCCAAUCUUCAGUGGAGUUACACCUUCAUCAUGAGAUCUUCUACAACAGGGAUGGGACGUAUUGCAGUAGACUGUAUAGCCUUCUUAUAUACAGUAACCUUGUGGAAGCACGUGAUGUCACAAUGUUCGGAGGCGCACGCAGUGGCCUGUUCUUGGUCCCUGCUUCAUCUACGUCACUAUGAGGGGCUGCUCCAGCCCCUUGGGGGCUUCCUUCCCGAUUACAACGAAACCACGCUAACGGAGAUAUGUGGUCUGUUUCAGAACUACAUGAGAUGUUCGGAGCCAUAUCUUCAACAUUGCAACAAUAACACAGUAUUUCAACUCUACGAACUGGAAAGUGCCUUCAAACCGCUGUGUAAAUAUGCCAAAGAGUACGUAGCUCACAGGUCGUGUUAUCAACGGCUGGAGACGAAUUUUGAGUGGUGUCAGGAGGAGCGACAAAACAAACUAGGGCAGAAGAAAACCACAGACAUACAGUACCACGCAUACAUGUGCAACGUGACAAACGAGUACGUCCAAUGCAUUUUCACAGCGACGUUCUUGAGAUGUUCAAUGGGUGCUGCUAAUAUUUAUUACGACAUAAUUAACCAAUCAGUAUCUUCUUUAUUGACUCAUGUGACGUCAUUCCAGUGUGUUAUACGUCAUCCGCUUGAAGCGAUACCGGUGUUUACCACCACGACCUCUACAACGACAAGGGCGACAACUCCAAUGGAGGCUACGCUAAGGAAAACUACAGAUCCUGCUUUGGAAAGUACUUCGAGAAAUUCCCAUCAUACAUCAGGGAGCAACGGACAUUUCCCUAGUUGUCUGUGUAUAGCUUUGUUAAUCACAAUCAAAAUGGUUUUUCUAUACCAGACAAGUAUAUGGACGUAGACGAUCUCUAUUUUCAAAAUAAGGAGCAGAAGAUGUUGUUUUUUAUUUUUGUGAUAAUUUUGUAUACGGGAUGAAUUCGAAUGCGAAAUGUAUACUACAUAUCAGAUAAGUUCCAUCAUUAAGAGUGUGGUUCUGACAUGUAUGACAUGCACGGAGGCGCACGAGAUUCACACAUCAAUGUACAUUCAUUUCAUUUUUAAAUGCAUUGUAGAAUGUCUCAUUCGUUUUAUUAAUACAAGUACGGACAUGAUAGUCACGUGAUCCGACAUUGAAAUUCACAAAUUAAGUGUCAUUCAUUCAUAUUUUGUCGGAUAACUAUUUUCGAGUUCGCAAGGAAUGAGAAUUUCGCGAGAUUUAUUCUAAAUAUAAUGUCAUUUACUGAUAUUUUGGCGGAUAAUUAUUUUCGCGAUACUUCACGCAGACUGAGUAUUUCGCGAGAUUCAGUGAUAAUGAUCGCAUUGAUUGGCGGGUAAAAUCGAUUGAUCAUGCAAACAUCUUAAGAAUAACUAUUAAACGUUUAACACAUAGGGGAAUGGAACUUUUCCAUUUUCAAAUUUAAAUCCUCACUAACUCGUUGCUGACUUCGAAAAACCAACCGUGAAAAUAAAUGUUCUUAAAAAUGAAACUAUUUACAGAACGUGACAAUGCAAUGUUAAAUUUUGUUUACGAUAUAGGGCUUUUUACUAAUGAUACUGGCCUAUACACAUUGUAGAUAUAAAUACAUAUUUUUUUAGGAGAACUCUGUUUCGGUUGUUUGAAACAUAUCAAUGUAACAAUGGAACCCAUAUUUUUUAAAUAUUGAGUUCUGAUUUUCAGAAUUAUUGAAAUUAAUAUUUAAGCAUGCAUAUAUGUCAAAUGAUUCAAAAUGACCACCAUGAGAUAAAUAAAUGAUAAAUUCAUUUUUUUGCAGUUGGACGGGAAAUUAACCAUGAUACAAAAUUUUGUUUGUGUGAUUGAUUUUGAAAAUAUCAUCACUGGUUCCUUAAUUAUCUUUCUUUGUAGACUAGUUAUCGGCUUUAGUUUCGCUAUUCUCCACCAGGGCGCGUUAUGCGUGCAAUGUAGACCACCGUCAAUAAAUAGCUAUCAGAAUCGGUAGAUCGAUCAAGAAUCCCGACUGUUUCAGUUUCUGUAUGGCUUCAAUUUACUGUCUAGACCAUAACACUAACGACCGGCUACGAUAUCAUGAUGGACGUUAUCCAUUGAGUGGUCAACCAGAAAUAGUCACUCAUUUCAAGAAUAGGACAGUGCGAACAAAUGUGUUGACAAAGACAUUGGUUUGAUAAAUGUCUGUAUACAGCAUUAAUACAAACAGAAAUAGUUCCGUAUAUUAUGUUAUUUAUGUUUUUAUUAGGAAUAUUUGCUUUCUGAAAAUGUUUUCUGUGACAAAAGAUUUCCGCAAAAAAACCUACGCUUUGAUACAGUACAUGUUCAUCUUCGCUGUUUACAUUUUCUCUUGCUUGUUUUUUUUCUCGGAGCUGACAAACACACCAGCUUAAUUCAAAUAUAUAAACGUCUUUUUUGUUCUUUAAUAGAAAUCAAUGCCAUAUGAAAAGUAAGCGAAGUUAGUGCUCUGUUUAUCUCAACCAUGUAAAAUUAUUGUAUAAAUAUAUUUUUCCAAUGCAUCGACUAAGCUUGGACGUCAACAUUUUAAAAAAAUUGACGUCAUAUUCAUUGUUCUGAUUAUGACGUCACAAUAGUCUGAUCCAAUUAAAAUCGUACACUAGCGUACACGCGAGUAUAAAAUAGGUAGUAAGCGGUGGUACAGUGUAAGAUUGAAAUUCUUGUUCCCCUCACAAUUUAAAAUGCUUAAUGAUCCCCAUACCACUCACAAAACCUGUAACCACGCAUCAAAAACUGUUUCCCGGGGUGACUAGAGCUUUGAUGAUUCCGUUCUAAAUAAAUAACCAAACCGGCCUUGUACAAAAUUUACGAAAAAAAAUAUAAAGAUGAAUUAAACAGAAAAUAAUCAACAACAAUGUUCCGAGUGUUAAAAUGCAAUGGGGCCAGGCGAGGAUUCGAACCCGGACCUCCGAUCGUUAUACCAAUGCUGUAACCAAAUAAUCCCUGCCAGGUCGCGUUAUACAGUUAUAUCCUAAACGAAAUUAAGGGAAGGUUACGUACGGGUAGGUACAAAAAUAACUUCUAUGGAAUUCUCUAUUAUUUUGUCUGAAUAGGGACAGUGAGCCGUAACAAGGCCAUACAUGUACACUGCACACUGUAUCUGUGGGGAUAUAAUUCGAACAUAUUUCAUUGCAAAUAAACAUAUUUUGAAAACGAAUCGGACACAAGUUUUACCAACUUACUAAAGUCCUCUCCGACAACAAACAUAGGAUUACAAUACAUAUCACGCGAUGUUAGAUCGACUUAAAUAUACCUUUUAGGAAAGCAAAUAUGUAUGAAAAGAAAGAAUUAUAGUAAAGAGAGGGGACAAAGAAAAGGUGGGGAUACUUAUGAAAAAUAUCGGACACAGCUACAUUUUUGUAACAUUAGUUUUAUUGCAUGUAGGGACCUGCCCAUUAUAUAUUUUCCUAUAUAUGAUGAAUUAUCUGAGAUACAUGCAUAAUAUAAGAUACAUGUACAAAAUAAAGUGUAUGUAUUUGUACAUAUUUUAACAUUUAUGCCAAUUCGCGAUAAGAGCUAGUUACAUGUAAUUGAUCGUUAUAUCUCGUAUCUGCAAAUAUUCUUUACACAUUUAAAGCAAAUGGUAUGUAAUCUAUUUCGUUAUUCGGCUUACUCGAAUCUGGCUUGAAGCAAUUCGCGGAAAUAAAAAUGAUCGCAAA